AUGAACCCAAUAAUAACAGAGCACGACUUUCGUUUUCCAAGAAGGCCAAGUGCAUGGCCUGGCGCUGCUAUUCACAACGCUCCCACUCAGCGCAGCGGCAACUCGAACCGCAUCCCAAACUCUCGUGACGCUUCGGCCAGCUUCAAGGAGCACAAGACCGAUAUGGCCACCACAUAUUCCCUUGCCCGGCAGGGCCUGGGCGGCAGCGCCCUUUUCCCUUUUCUCCAGAAUGGCUUGGCCGACUCCGAUCGCAGUAUCGACAGAAUGCAACAGGAUGAUCCGCUUGCGACUCAGGUCUGGAAAUUCUUCGCGAGGACCAAGCACCAGCUCCCUAGCCAGCACCGCAUGGAGAAUCUGACUUGGCGUAUGAUGGCUCUCAACAUUCGCAGGCACAAGGAAGAGCAGCAGCAAAGGCAAGACGAGGCGGAUGCUCGAAGAAAAAAGAACAUGGACGCUGGCAGCCGGCUUGGACGCCCAAUGAUGCAAAGCUCUCCCAGUGGCAUUGCCCAGCUGAGAAAGUCUUCUGAAAACAAUCUCGCUCAACCUGAUGCCAUGAAUCUUGACGACUUCAUUUUUUCUGACAAUUCUGGCUCGCCUAUCAACUUUGCCUCUCCUGAAGGCGAUAAAAUGGUUGACGAUAGGUCUGGCAGUUCAAUGGCGUCGGCCAUCCCAAUCAAAUCCCGCAAGGAACCAUCUCUCCAGAAUUUUGUCCCACAGUCGGUGCCCGUCCAGCCAGCUCACCAAGCUACUCAGGGUAGCGAAUUCAACUAUGUGAACCGACAUCUUCGAAAAACGAGCAUCGAUGACCGCAGGACUCGAAAGCGCCCUGCUAAUUUCUCCCCCCAAGUCCCAGCUGUUAACAGCACUGCGGCGCAGAAUGACCUCGAUCUUGAUUCAGAGUUGCACGACUAUUCCCUAGACCAGCCCAACCAGGCCGGUAUCCCUCAGCAGUCUAAUGGCAGCAAUGUUCCCUUCAACAUCGAUACUUUUAUGGAAAAUGACUCCAUGGUCAACAAUGGAAAUUUCCAGCAGAACUUCUCAUUUUCUCCUUCUACAUCACCUAUGAUACCCCAUGGUCCCUUUUCUGGCAUGUACCACAAUUCGUCUGUCCCUUCAGCAUCGAUGAGCAACAACAACAACAAUAGCGACUUUUAUUCGCCACCAGCGUCUGCGUAUCCCUCAAAUGUCUCGACCCCUCAUCCUGUGCCUGAGCAGGAAGGGUUCUAUUUUGGAUCCCAGGAUGCGCGAACGCAACGUCCACAAGGCUUUCAGCAGAGCAUUGGCAGUAUGCUUAGCCAGCAGUUCAUGUAUGGUGGCUCGAACGGCAACAGCGGCAGCACUAUGUUCUCUGCUCCGGGCACAGCAUCGGAGUCAAUGUCAGCAUAUAGCACUGCUCCUAGCUCAUUUGGGCACAUCGACCCUUCCCAGGUGUUCCAAAACGAACAAGCUGUCACUUCACCCACAAUUCAGAUGCCGCAAGAUAACAUGUUUUCUUUUGGAGCCGACUCCGAUGAUGAGGAUAACAACGCAUUUGCUGAUCGCAAUGUUUCAAUGCAAAAGGACAUGUCUUCAUCACUUGAUGAGUCGGGAGCGAUGGGCUGGGAUGCUAGCCUGCCAGGCCAGUUCAGCACCCAAGCAGCUCGUUUCCCUGGCGGGCCAACUCGCAAGCAGGUGAUGAUUGGGGGAACAACAACUGAUUUUGUCGACAACAACGGAGACUGGGAAUCGAAUGGCCUUGAGCGAUCGCAGUCGCAGUCUUUUAGAGGAGGAAACCUAAGAAGGCAGCAUCCUAAAUUACCGCGAAAUGCAUCUACGCCAGUUCAUUUUGGCGGACAGCAAAAUGGUUUUGAGCAGCUUGCACAGUCGAUGCAAAGCUCUCCUGCUGGUGAUGGCAACGGGACCAUGUCAGGAUUCUCAUCUGUGGCCCCAAGCAGACCAUCUUCGCCUCCCAUGUCAAAGCAGGGCUCAACCACCAACUUGCAGGCAGCUGCCGGUAAUGGGAACGAUGGAAAUGCUCCGACCACGUGUACGAACUGUUUCACCCAGACAACGCCUUUAUGGAGACGAAACCCUGAAGGACAACCACUGUGUAACGCCUGUGGUCUUUUCCUGAAGUUGCACGGCGUGGUGAGACCGUUGAGUUUGAAGACGGACGUGAUUAAGAAACGAAAUCGUGGUUCCGGGACCAAUGUACCAGUUGGAGGGAGCAGUACGAGGUCUAAGAAGACGGCGAGUACCCUGAACUCUCGCAAAAACUCGACCUUGUCGAUGUCCACUGCGACGGCAAAUAGCACCAAACCAAACAGCAGCAACCCCACGCCCAGAGUUACGACACCACCUGCUACUAGUCAACCCCCUAGCAGUAAGGAUGUUGAUAGCCCAGUAAGUGGUACUACAUCGGGUGCCAACACCGCUGGAAGCACUCCAAACAGCCAUUUUGGUGGUCCAGGACCCUCUUCUGGCGCUGUGGGUGGUAAAGGGGUUGUACCCAUCGCGGCUGCGCCCCCAAAGACUAGCCCUGGACCUGGUGCCUCAUCAAUGUCAAUGCAGCGUCCCGCCACAGCUUCGUCAAAACGACAACGCCGCCACAGCAAGAGCAUUGGAGGAGAUGUGCCAGUAUCGAUGGAUAUCGACAGUCCCGAUUCAACCAGCUCUAUCGACGGCCCCCGUCCCUUCGGCUCCUCAGCUGGACUCUCGAGUUUGCCCGGUGGCAUGUCCGCCAGCAGCUUCAACUUGAACCAGCGGCCUAGUACGCUAGGGUCGGCUACUGGUAUGAUCAGCAUGUCUGGUGGGCAAACAAGCUCGUUGAUUGGUAGCUCUGCCGGUCCUCAAGAAUGGGAAUGGCUGACGAUGAGUCUAUGA